UUUAAAAUGGGAAGUAAAGAGUUGUUAAGUGUUGUGGUAAAACUUACAAAAUCUGAAAAACCCAGGAUGGAUUUACACAAUACUUUAAAACAAUGUUUCUUUCAGCUUCUUUUUCUCAGGAUAGUUCCCACUUUCAAAAAUUAUGGGGGAUCCCAAAACAACUUUUGUUUGUAUGGUUUUGUAUUUACCGCAUUAAAAAUGAAAAUCAACACAUUCACUGCUGCUUUUCAUAAUUAUUUGAUAGGAUUGAUUAAACAUAGGCUGGCAAAAACUUUGAUUUCAUGGAUCCCUUAGAGGGUCUUGGGGCAUCCUCACAGACCAUGCUUUGAGAAAUGCUGCUUUAAAGUUCCAAGGGUUUUACAGACUCCAAAUGUUGGAGUAAAUGACAAGGAACUGAUGCAGGUUUCUCUUGAAGUAUCCCAGCAUGUCCAACCAGAACUGGGAAUUCCUUGGCUAUCUGUGUAUCUUCCUGUAAAAAGUUGCCAUAUUAUUUUGAAAGAUAAAACUGGGACUUUUUCUCCUCCGUCAUUAAACAGGAUUGAAACCAAUAACUGGUGCAACUGGACCAUAUGGGCAGGUCCUCACAAGCAUAUCCUGAUUUACAUAGAAGGAUUUGAAGGAAAGUCGAACUGUGAUGACAGUCAGGAUAGGAUCUUAUUCCAAGGAAUUUUGUCAAGUACUGAAAACAAAGUAGUUUAUGCCUGCAGAAACCAUGGUAUGCUGAUUUUUGCUACGCAAGCAGUAGCAGUCUACGUAGUAUUUUUGUCAGAAGCUUCUUCUCAGAACCAAAGUCACAAGCACUUUAAAGGACGGUAUUAUAUAUUUGAAGAUUAUGUAAAUUCUACAAAUGGUGAAAAAUCAGUUUUGAAAUCUAACAGCCAUGUUGCAUCUAAGUCAUAUGUAUUGCCUACAGGACAUAGUUUGAACUCUACGGUGACUACCCAAAUGCUUGGCCAAGAGAACUGGCUGCCUGUGACAAAUGAAAAGAUUAUUAAAACAGGGACAGAAACAUUUUCAAAACUAGCUGUUGGCAAGCAUAUGCAUGUUUCUCUCUUGAAAUCAACAAAAACAGUAAGCUUGAAUCCAUUUGAUCUGAAGAGAAGGCAAGUUACAAAAUCAUCUAUUGAUAAUAGUAGGAUUUUGAACAAAAGUCCCACGCUACUAUUAGACUCAAACGAUGCGGAGAACGAGGAAGAAACUUUUACACAGAAGCCAGAUGUUUAUUCAACCUUUCUAGACAUGACUCAUAAUCUUCAAAUGAUGACAAAAUUGGAAGCCACAAAAAAUCAUGGAGCUAUCACUGAAUCUGUCACUCCUCAGAAUGAUGGCCAAUCAACCACCCGAUGGAUGACAACACACAUGAAAGGUACCGAAGGGGAAAACAAGAAUGCCACUACUUUUCCUCAAGUCUCCUUGGAAGAACAGAGAAUUCCAGUCCAGUCUCUUAAAAGCAUCCCAACAAAGAUGCAGAAGCAAAUGCUUCAAAUGCUGCUUCCUAAUUCUGAGGUCUCCAAGAAAAAGGCAGAUCCAACGGAAUCUCCACCACACUUGGAACAAACCAAAAUAUAUAAAGGAGAGCAGACGGGCAUUCAAGUGUCUACGGCACAGAAUGGCAACACUGCUGUGCGAAUAACUGUAUCUCAAGGAAUUAAGGCAAGCCCCUCCAAGUCUACAAUGGAAACUAAGUUCCAUCAGACCUCGACUUUAGCCUCUACUGAUAGGCACCCUACUCCUUCUUUGAGGUCAUUUAAUGAUUACUUAAUGAGUAUUUCCACAACUGUAAAUCCCCAAGCUAUGCCUUCAAACUGCCUGAUGAGAACUCAGAUAAAUACAGCUUUUACUACACAAUACAAGAAUUCAGUAAACAAGAAUAGAGAGUAUUUGCAAAAGAAGCGGACCAAAACAACUCCUUUGUAUUCCUCUUCUAGUUGGUUGCCAACCAGUAGCAUUCUCUUGAAAGUAAAAAAUAAAUCCUAUGAGACAAAUCCUGGAUUCAGAUCUCAUGAAAAUUAUUUUGUAUUGAACUCUCAGCACAAACCUGGAGAUCUUCUAUUUGAAAUAAUUUUUGAAAUAGAAUACAAAGGACAACUCCCGCCUGUUGGAAGCACUCUGGAAAAGGCUUUCAUUGAUUCCAUUAAGCAUCAGGUACAAGAGAGAGUGAAACUCUUCUCAAACGAAAUCAAAGAAUUCAAAUUAAAGGAAAUUAUCAUGAGAAAAGAAGAAAUUGAAAUGGACAGACAAAAUGGCCCAAACCUCAUAUUCGCAUUCUGGUUGCAUUUAACAUCAGAAGAAAAGAACAUAUCUUACUUACUGAAUUUUCAACUGGAAGAUCUUAGUGGUGCAUUUGUGGGAGCUGGCAAGGUCCAAACUGUUUUGGUGAGAGAUGUGAAUGAAUGCAACUCUGGAAUUGAUUUAUGUGGCAAUGAGGCCAUUUGUCUCAACGGAGAUGGAACAUACUCCUGCCAGUGUAAAGAAGGGUACGAGGACCGUUCUCUGACAAAAUUGGGUACUCUAUGUGUUCGUCAUCCACGAUCAGGUUUGGAUUCCUUGUACAGCUACACCGAGUUUAUUGUCGGAAUCACUGUUUUUUGCAUCACUGUGUUUGUCGUGGUGAUCAGUGUGCUCUGUACUAUAAUAAAGAAAAGGCGCAUUAAAAAAGAUAUGCGGGUCCGAGAGGCUGCUUUGCCUGGGAUGCCAGCAGAGCCCCAACGAACAACCUUUGAUCAUAAUAACAUCCGUCAACUCCUUACUCUGGACCCUGCCCAGCUAAAGGUCAGAGCCAAACAACCAGAACUGCCCCUGCAAUUGAGGACUGGCCCCAGUGAAACAUACAGAGUAUCUAUUGAGCAGUCUGAACGUUUGUGAAGAACGAAAAGGGGAAAAAAACGCAAAUAAGUUGCAAUUAAAUCCUUCCUUCCCCCUAUUUCAUAUUAAACUUUUCUUUGUUGUGGUUGAGCAGAUGCAAUUUUUUUGUUUCUUGAUCGAUUUUACAUAAGUUGUUACACCUUUCUCCCCGUAUCUAUUUCUUCUUAAGUUUAAUGGAAAUAUAACGUUUGAAAUAUAAUGGAAAUAUAAUGCUUUUUUUCUCUUUAGAUUUUUGAAUAUUGAAUAGUCUGCCUGUCUUCAUAUGACAGAUAGAUAUGAAUGUAACUAUUGUUUGUGACUGUUAAUAAAAUUGGCAUCUUGUUGUUCAUGCAACUCUA